AUGCUGGACGAGCCAACAUCCGGCAUGGAUCCUGGAGCACGUCAUGAGACCUGGAGCUUUCUGCAAGACCGAGAAGACGACUGGACACAUUCUGCAGACGACAUUCUGCUGACGACGCAUUUCAUGGAGGAAGCGGAUCUGCUCGGCGAUAGAAUUGCCAUUCUGGCUCAUGGCCAACUCCAGUGUUGUGGAUCAGGAAUGUUUUUGAAGGCGCAGUACGGGAUCGGCUAUCACUUGAUCGUGGUCUACGAGAACUCGUCCAUGUCCGAUCGGCUGGUGACUCAAACUCUGGAACUUCUUUCACGUCACGUCAGCGAUGUACGACUCCAGACAUUUGUUGGUCAAGAGGCGACAUUCAUCAUUUCGGCUAAAUGCAAGGCACAAGUGGGUGAUCUAGCCAAGGAACGUUUCAAUCGAGAGCAGGAAGAGGAGAGCGUGGAAACUACGGAGCUGGUUGAUAAUGACACAUUUCUCAGACAGCUGAGGGUCGCAGAGCAUGUCAAAGGUUUUCCUUACUACUGGCAACAUGUUGAAGCAAUGUUCAUCAAACGCACGAUCUUUUUCUAUCGGAAAUGGAUAAUGUUCGCCAUGACCCUGUUCUUCCCG